CAUAUCCACAUUUUUACGGGAAACAACAAAAACAUCAAAUGACAUCAACACAUGUCCACUUAUCACUCGCUGAAUUUUGAGACGGACAUGGUGUUUUAAUUUUGUUUCAAUUUCAGGUUUUUGAGCCGAACACAAAUCAUUGAAGACUAUGCAUAUCCAAGUUAUCGAUCAAGAUUAUGAUGAUGGCUUUCAUCAGAAAUGCUUUGUUAGUUGUGAAUUGUUUAAUUCACUUUCCUUCUUUGUCGGGCAAGUGGUGGAAAUUCAGACUGGUGCCAAAAGAUACAUAAACUCAGUGUGGGUUGGAAGAGCUGUACCCUCUGAUGCAAUAUAUUUCAAUAAACAGGUGUCUUUGACAGCGGAAAAUCAUGACUCGCACACAACAAACAUAUUUAAAACUCUCACCCCAACGAAGGCUAAUAGAAUAACAGUUGAUGUGAUUUUAACAAAUAUAAAUGAUGUUGAAAAGGCUAAAAAAUGUGUUUCUCCUUUCGAUGAUCUACCAAAAACCUGUCUGAAUAUUCUUAAUCAUCUGUAUUUAGCAAAUAAUUAUGUAGUUAAUUGCUCGAAGUCAAAGUACUCCAGUAUGGUCGGAAUUGCUUACAUUAUUAUACAAGAUGCAUCGCAGAGGAAUUCAGGAACAACUGCUGAUUGCCUGUCAGUGGACAUGAAAUGCAUUGUUAAAAUAAACACAAUACAUAGCUUGGAAUGGUUUAAUCAAAUUAAUAGAAAUAUUUCAGCACCAAAACCAGGUGGAAUCGAUUUUGUAUUAUCUAUGUUAAAAGACCUAGUAUGUCUUCCUUUUACUCAGAGGGAAAAUUUUGCAGUGCUUGGUGUCAAACCACCUCGUGGAAUCCUUCUUCGAGGACCGCCAGGAUGUGGCAAAACAUCAUUAGUCCGUUAUUUAGCCGCGUCAGAAAAUAUUCUUUUGGUAUCCAUAAAUGGACCUGAAAUAUUUGAUUCCUUGCCUGGAGAAACAGAAUCAAAUCUUCGCAAAAUAUUUGAAAAAACAAAGCUUUUAAGUCAGGAGGGUCCUUGUAUACUUUUUGUGGAUGAAAUUGAUUCAGUUUGUCCAAGACGUGGGGUUUCCUCAAGUACCAAUGCAUCUCGAGCCACCGCGCAGUUCCUUGACCUCUUGGAUGGUAUGGAUUUUGAUGAUGAUUUUUUAGUUAUUGGUGCUACAAACAGACCGUCAGCAGUAGAUCAAGCACUCAGAAGACCUGGGAGGUUGGAUAGGGAGGUGCUGAUUAGCCCACCUGAUCUCCAUCAGAGGCUCGAGAUUCUUCAUAUGAAUGUGACAUCAUUUCCUGUUGUUGGUGACCUUGACCUGGCUGCCAUAGCUACCAUCACCAAUGGCUACGUGGGAGCUGACCUUAAGGCUCUUUGUCAAGAAGCAUCAUAUCUUGCGAUGGCUGAGUGCAAAGAUUCUGGGGAAAAUGUUUUGAUAAACCAGGAGCAUUUCAUCCGUGCAAGUCGUCAGAUCCGUCCGUCACUACAGAAGGGUGCGGAGGGGGUGGUGGAUGUGAGGCCGGUCAGCUGGGGGGACAUAGGGGGCCUGCACGAGGUCAAGAGGCAGCUACAGCAGGCUGUAGAGUGGCCACUGAAGCACCCAGAAGCGUUCAAGCGUAUGGGCCUGUCCCCACCCCGAGGCGUGCUGCUCUACGGGCCCCCAGGAUGUUGCAAGACAACCCUGGUGCGGGCAGCAGCUACCUCGUGUCAUGUUACCUUCCUGUCUAUCAGUGGGGCUCAGCUGUACUCGCCCUAUGUGGGCGACUCUGAACGUCUUAUCUCUGAGGUUUUCCACAAGGCAAGGGCAUGCGCCCCAUCGAUUCUGUUCCUGGAUGAGAUCGACUCCAUCAUAGGCAAGCGGAGUGAAACUGGUAACCAUGGGGUUGGAGAGCGCAUACUUUCCGCGCUCCUCAAUGAAAUGGAUGGCAUAGGUGUAAGACUUGGGGAGGCAUCAGGGUCGGCUAAACAGAAGCUUUUGGAAGGUUCUUCUCAAGGUUUUAUUGAGAAGUCACAAACCACAGAGGAAGCUGACAACAAACAGGUGCUUGUGGUUGCCGCUAGCAACCGGCCCGACAUGCUGGACGAGGCACUAAUGAGGCCGGGACGUAUGGAUCGCGUGAUAUAUGUUGGGCCCCCAGACGUUGUGGCGCGUCACCAGAUCUUGUCAGUUUACACUCGGGGGUGGGGCCUGUCAGACGUGACCCUGGGUCAGCUGGCGCAGGAGACUGACAUGUACACUGGUGCUGACCUCGAGAGCCUAUGUAGAGAGGCGGCCCUGUGUGCUCUCACGGAGAAUCUCGAGGCUGCUGCGGUCUCCCAUGACCACUUCCGACGAGCACUGACAUCCGUGCGACCCUCCCUGACACAGGAAAUUAUUUGCCAGUACACCAGCCUCGCCUUUCACGCCGUUAGAUGACGGCGUCUAGCGAUGAGGAAUUCCUAUUUUUCUGUUUUCCGGAGCCAAAACAUAUUUUUUAAUCAAUUUCUGGCGCGAUUUUGUAAAUUGGAAAAACUAAUGGCCCUUAUUCAUGUGUAAUGUGACCAACACAAUAAAUAAAUAACACGUG